AAUUUUUUUAAAACAUUUCUUCAGAGCCUUCACUUGGUAAAGGGUCGAAACGCCAGAAUUGGAAUGAAUAUAAAAGGAGAGUGAGAAGUGAAAUUUUUUGUGAAUCUCGAUUUUCUAUACUUGGUUCUAAUUGAAACUACAACUGAGACACAAUCUAAAUUACUCUGCUUUUUUCCUUCUUUUUUCUCUUUUAAAGCCUCACUCACACAAAGGAAUCAAGGCAAAAUCUUCUUCUAUUUCUAAUUCGGGAAAAAAUGAAAGCAGAAUUCUCAAUUCGAUAAUAUUAUUAAACGCCGCUUUUCAUUGCUAAUUUGCUAGAUAGAAGAACAAGGGUGAAGCAGUUUGCUAAAUUCCAUGGCUUCAUCUUCUCAGCAACGCUGCGUUUUUGUUGGGAAUAUACCGUACGAUGCUACUGAGGAACAGCUUAUUGAUAUCUGUAGAGAGGUUGGUCCUGUUGUCUCUUUCAGGUUAGUUAUUGAUAGAGAGACAGGGAAACCAAAAGGUUAUGGAUUCUGUGAAUAUAAGGACGAAGAGACAGCAUUAAGCGCUCGUCGUAAUCUCCAGGGUUAUGAGAUCAAUGGCAGGCAAUUACGAGUUGAUUUUGCUGAGAAUGACAAAAAUGCUGACAGAAAUCGUGAGCAGGGUCGUGGGGGACCUGGACUAGCUAAUAUUGACCCUCAGAAACAAAUAGGAGGCCCAGCAAUCCUCGGGGAAUCUGCUCAACAUCAGCCUAUUGGUCUACACAUAGCUAUAACUGCUGCAACUGUCAUGGCAGGAGCUUUAGGUGGUGUUCAGACUGGCAUGCAGUCAAAUCUAAAUGGUUUACAGAGUCAGUCAGCAUUAGCUAGUGACCCCUUAACUCUUCAUUUGGCCAAAAUGUCUAGGAGUCAAUUGAAUGAUAUCAUGUCUGAGCUGAAGGUGAUGGCAACACAGAACAAGGAAUCAGCUCGUCAUCUACUGCUUACGAAACCACAGUUGCCAAAAGCUCUUUUUCAGGCGCAGAUAAUGCUAGGAAUGGUGACCCCACAAGUGUUGCAGAUGCCAAAUAUUCGGCAACCUCCAGGUCAACCUGCAGUCCGUCCCUUAGAAGAUUCUCAGCAGGGCCAGCGGCCAGCAAUCCAAAAUGUUCCAGGAUUACCCCCCUUUUCACAGAGGAUUCAGUCUAGCUUGGUGCCUAAAUUGCAAGAAGGUCAAUUCUCUUCUGUCUCUCAAAAUUCUUUGGUGCAAAACCAAUUUUCUGUACCCCCACAAUUAGUCCAGCCUCGAACACAGAUUCAGCAACACUCUAAUAGCCACAUUCCUCAACAAGCCAUAUUAUCAGGCCAAUCUGGAGUUCCGCCCAUCCCCCAUGUACACCCUUCUGUUAGACCACAAAUUCAGGUGGCCAAUUCCUCGUCUUUGAACCAACAGACACCCCCUUCACUGCUACAACAGCCAGGAAAACAGGUUAGAACUGCAAAUUUUGGACGUGCCUCUCAUAUAGUUCUACCAAAUGUAGCAAUGGAAUCAUCUAUUUUUCCUCGUCCUCUCCAGCCGGAUGCCGCAUUCCAGCCUGGACCCCCAAUAUUAUCAGGCAUUUCGGAUUCGGUUGGCCGUGGUGCUGAUAGAUCUACCCAAGUUCCAGAUGACACAGCUCAGGUCCACAGAAAUAAUGCAUAUUUCAAAAUGCAAACAAACAUGGUUAAUGAUUCUAAAGAACCCAUCAAUCGCCCUUCAAAGAUGCUAAAAUUGGAUGACGGAAGGAGCAUGUCUUUCUCAUCAAGUGCUUUGAAUGUGUCUAAAUCUGGGCCAACCCAAUCACAUGCAAUUAGUUCAGUGCCAGCAAAUUCACUUCCUAAGCCAGAAGAGUUGCAAACUUCUGAAAAACAGGUUUCUCAGCUUCCAGCAGAUGUGGAAUCUGCAUUAUUGCAGCAAGUCUUGAACCUCACCCCAGAUCAGUUGAAUUUAUUGCCACCAGAACAGCGGCAACAAGUCAUUCAGCUUCAACAAGCGCUUCGACAAGAUCAGACACAGCCGUCAUAACAGGGAAACUGAUACACGAACUGUUCUCCAAUAUAACUUAUCGUCUUCUCUGCAGGGUCCUUCAGAGUUGGAAGGAAAAUGCCUGCUAUCGAUUCAUCUAAUUAUAAAUGCGUGUAAAAUGAUUGUUCACGUAAGGUCCAGUUUGGGAUGUGAAAUGCACAAGCAUUAUACCAUCCAUUGUAACAUUGAUUAGCUUGUUAUUAGCAUAUGUGACAGAAUCAGUCCGAAAAGGAGGGAAACAGAAAAAAAAGAAAAAAAAAAAAGAAACAAAUUUUGCGUAGCCCUUUCUUGUUGUCUUGGGUAUUUUUUAUUUUUUUUUUAUUUUUUGUAUUCUUUUUUGUGCUACCUUCGUAUUGUUGUUGGAGUUGGGUAUUUUAUCCAUCUUGGUUUAGCCAACAUAGAAGCCAUUAAUAUCUCAGUUUAACUGGCAUAUGAAAUUCAUCUUCUGUUGCAGCAAAUCGUUGCAACCAACAGAGACAUGAGUGCCCAAAUCUUCACUCCUCAUCAAUCUCAGUCUCGUCCCUUUCACUCGA